AUGGCGCGUGCAACUUCUACGACACAAGGGGUCAUCGCCCUUUCUUCUGGCGAAAGCGAGUUCUACGCUGCAGUCAAGGGUGCCUCAGUGGGUCUGGGGACUGUUCAGAUGUUGCUGGACAUGGGAGUCCACGUAGCUAAACCAGUGAAGCUGUUAGUCGACGCUACAGCCGGCAUCGGCAUUGCAAGCCGCAGAGGUGUCGGUAGGAUCCGUCACAUCCACACGCCGGCGCUGUGGUUACAGCGUGCCGUCCAUGAUGGCAGAGUGCUCAUGGACAAGGUCCACGGGAAGGUGAACCCAGCAGACGCUGGCACCAAGCACGUGGACGCCAAGGCGAUUCAAGGCAUGUGGUCGCUAGCUGGAUUCGUCGUUCUUGCUGGGGCCAGCAAGCGAGCCUUGAAAGCCACCCUGCGCUAG